GUGCACCUGAGUUACUGAUUACAGGUGAUUUUAUAAUUGUUUGGUGAUAAGACUCUUGCUUUAAGCACAAAGUCCUGCCAGACGCAACAAGGCUUCUGCUGUCAUCCAUCACAGGACCACUGCUGCCUGUCGGGUUUUUAGAUUUUUUUUUACAUUUUUCUGCAUCUGUUCGAGCAUCAUGAGUGAGUCCAAGAAAACACGUGAAGCUUGCUGCUCCAAGCUCAAGCUCUUCCUGGCCUCAAUGGCCUUUGUGUAUUUUUCCAAAGCCUUUGGUGGAGCCUACAUGAAGAGCUCCAUCACCCAGAUCGAAAGACGCUUUGAUAUUCCCAGUUCCUUGAUUGGGUUUAUAGAUGGCAGCUUCGAAAUGGGCAACCUCUUGGUCAUCGCCUUUGUGAGCUACUUUGGUGCGAAGCUGCAUCGCCCCCGGCUGAUCGGUAUCGGCUGUGUGAUCAUGGCUGCUGGAUGUUACCUUACAGCGCUGCCUCACUUCUUCCAGGGACCGUAUAAAUAUGAGACCAGCGUGUCCCACAGUACAAAUGUCAACAGCACUGAAAGCAUCCUGCCCUGUUUGUCCAACCACAGCGUCACUGAUACAGACGACACACCUGAUGUUUCAGCCAUAAAGGCUUGUGAGAAAGCAGCCGGUUCGUCCAUGUGGAUCUACGUUUUCUUGGGAAAUAUGCUUCGAGGAAUCGGAGAAACUCCCAUCAUGCCCCUUGGAGUUUCCUACCUGGACGACUUCUCCAGAGAAGAGAACACACCUUUCUAUCUGGCCUGCAUCCACACGGUGGGAAUCUUAGGACCCAUGUUUGGCUUCAUGCUCGGGUCUUUCCUCGCUAAGAUCUACGUAGACGUUGGAUCUGUGGACUUGGACACCAUCACCAUCACCCAUAAGGACUCCCGCUGGGUGGGAGCCUGGUGGUUGGGCUUCAUCGUCACCGGCACCGUGAUUCUGAUGUCCAGCAUCCCCUUCUGGUUCCUGCCCAAGUCCCUGCCCAAACAGGGCAAAGAGGAGAGUCCGAGUAGAAGCACAGAACUGUCCACGGUGGCAGAACAGGAAAACUUUCUGCCAGAGGAAAACCAAGAGGCUGAGGAGAAGCCGGUCACAUUCAAGGAACUGGCUAAAGAUUUCAUUCCGUCUCUGAGGAGGCUCUUCAAGAACAGCAUCUUCUCCCUGAUGGUCCUCACCUACCUGGUGGUUGUCAAUGGCUUCAUCGGCAUGAUCACCUUCAAGCCAAAGUUCAUGGAGCAAACCUUUGGCCAGUCGGCCUCCAAAGCCAUUUUUCUGAUAGGUAUUCUCAACCUGCCAGCUGUAGCUCUGGGAAUCAUCACUGGGGGUUUUGUGCUGAAGCGGUUCAAGCUGGGUGUCAUCGGAGCAGCCAGAGUGUCCAUCACUGCUUCUAUCGGCUCCUUUUGUAUGCUUGCCAUUCAGGUUUUCAUCCAGUGUGAUAAUGCAGAGGUGGCUGGUCUCACUGUGUCGUAUCAAGGGGCUUCUCAUGUCUCCUACAACCCCCAGACUUUGUUGUCGCAGUGCAACAUGGGCUGCUCCUGCUCCAUUAAGCACUGGGACCCGGUGUGCGCCUACAAUGGCAUGACGUACGCCUCGCCCUGCCUGGCUGGCUGCCAGACCUCUACCGGCACCGGCAAGGAAAUGGUGUUUCAUAACUGCACCUGCAUUAGCGAGAUGACUGCCCCAGUCUCGAACAUGUCUGCAGUGUUGGGUCAGUGCCCCAGGAAGAGCGAUUGUGACAACAAAUUUAAAAUCUACAUGGCUUUGUCUGUGCUGGGGUCCUUCAUUUCAGCCUGCGGGGGAACGCCAGGCUACAUCGUACUGCUCAGGUCCAUACAGCCAGAUCUGAAGUCGCUGGCUUUGGGUAUGCAGACGCUGAUUGUAAGAACUCUGGGUGGGAUCCCUCCUCCCAUAUACUUUGGAGCGCUGAUCGACCGGACCUGUUUGAAGUGGGGUACUAAGCAGUGUGGAGGCCGUGGAGCGUGUCGGCUCUAUGACGCCAACGCAUUUAGAAUGACGUUCCUGGGGCUCAUUACUGGACUAUACUGCAUAGCCAACAUGAUGUGGGGAGGACUCUACCUCAGAAUUGUUAAGAGACAGAAGAAGUUGGCACUGAGGAAGCAGGCCAAAGAAAAUGGACUGGAGGGUAACGGCGUGAGCAAUGGACAUGCCAAAAUCAACAUCACCAAAAAUAAAGAAGACAUGGAUAAGGAGAGUACUAUUUGAGAUGUUUUAGUAGGGCCACGUCGUUGUGUAAUGCAAAGGACGCCUGCAUACUGUGCUGCUUUUAUACUGGACCAAAUGUGGUAAUGGUACAGUGUCGGCACCCUUUGGUCAUUGAGCAGAAUUUUUUUAUAAUGCUGUCAUAUCCAGCAACUAGUUCACUAAGGUCAAAAAAACCAAACAUAAUGCCUCUUCAAUAUGUGCCAGUGUCAGCACGACAUUUGAGCAGAAGCUUGUAGUUGAAUUAUGAUGCUGUGCUAUUAUGAAUCUGAGAACAAGUCAAAGAAAUGUGAUAUCUGAAGAACAUUUGGCUUGUUUUCACCAUUCAUUCUUGACCAGCACUAGUCCAGAUAAUGUCUCACCUACAGCUUUUUAUUGAAAGUGAUUUUUUUUUUUUUUUAAGCACAGUAACAGUGUUUUAACUACUAAUACAAGACGACCACAGUGUUUGUUGCCUUACAUGUGGUAGCAUCAGUUAGUAAUGUGAAGUAUUGUUCUGGUGGCUGGUAAUGAGUUUCAGAAAUUAUUUUUUUUGGUGGAUCUGUUAAACCUGCUUGUAUUAACCCGGUGCCAAAUAGGAGUAACUUAAAAGGACUGUCAUUUUGGGGAAUGUAAGAAGCCAGGGAAAAUGGGUAGCUUGGCUGUAUCCAAAGGUAACAAUUCUACCAAACGUCACAUUGUAAAUGCAAAAGCUUGUUCAAAUUUAAACAUCCGUACCCUGGCCAUCUUAAAAUCUUGGGCUAGGCAAGCUUAGAAAGAUCAGUCAUUUGCACAUACGAGUUUCUUAAACUUAGAAAAAAUUAAGCUAACCAAAUAGUCCCAUUAACUUUAUACUGUAAGUUUAAUCAUUGUCUAUUUAGUCACAGCAACAAGCCAUUUAAGUUAAAUAAACCUAAAUUCUAACUUAAACUAAACCCAAUUCAUUAUUUUGUUUAGUUGUACAAACAUAGUAAUAGUUAACCCAUCUUAUUGAAUUCACUUAUGUUUAUGUGGCUGCCAAAUCUCCAUUUCAGGAAUAGUUUCUUACUUUAGACGGUUAAGUUCAUCCAAGAAGAAGAAUGUAUCUGUGCAAUUUGCAACAUCACUUACAAGUGAUUGCUAAAUACAACACAUCUAAAAUAGCAAUCAUAACUCCACACUUCUCAAUUUGGACUAUAACCUUUUGAUGCACAACAUGGGUCGAAAGUGACCCAAAUCCAAUGGAACAUCUUGAUCUCCUGACCCACGCUGCGCAUCAACGGGUUAAGAUUAAUAUUGUAAUGGCUGUUUGCAACCGGAUUGUCCAAAAUCCGAGUGAUCUUGUCCUUGUCACUGCAGUGUUAAACACCCCGAACAAACUGCAGUUUUCCAUCUUGAUAAAACAGUAGGUGGUGCCACCUGGUGGCAAAACCAGGCACUAUAACUAAUGAAGAAAAUUAGUUGAACUGAUUUUGGAAAACAAGCUAAGAUAGCAAAAACCAAAUUGUUUUUUUCAGUGGAAACAAAUCCAAAUUGCAGAAAUUACCUGCUACUGGUGGUCAUCUGCCGUAUUUAUACUAUCGGUUGCCUGAAAACGAGCAAUGUGUGCAAGGUGCAGGAAUAGACGUUGAAAUUUCUGGUUAUCAAAUGAUCAGAAAUCAAAAACGGCUGAAUAGAUUUGUCAAAUAAAGUAACAAAUAUUUCCUUUGCUGUACGUAGACUGAUUGUGCCUGUGCUUAGUCAUCCCCAAAGGCUUAUUCUGGGGCAAGAAAAAAAAUCUGAAAUGACAUGAUUCACUGUGCGGUAGAGAUUUUAGAUUCGGGUCCCCCUUGUUCUCAGUCAGGUGACUAGUGACUGCCAGUACCUUCCACCAAAUAGAAGUCUAAACCUUAUUGUAUAACGUUACUGUUGUUGUGACCUGACUGACCUUUUCAUGUUCUCAAAUGGUGAAGGUGAUCUCAGUAUGUUUUAAAAUGUGAAUCAAUUGGGUGAAUAACCUGGUGGAAGUAUUUUAUAUCCUUUUUUUUAAAAUCUGAUUUUAUUUGUAUCUCAAACUGAGAAGAUUUACUUGCCUUUCAGAAACCAUGUUUUACAGGUGAUUCUUUUGUUUUCCUCAGUUUCUGUGAGUUGCAUUUAACAGACUGGUGACUUAUUCCGACUGUAGUCAUGUGUUCAGCAACAUUUGACACAUCUGGAUGUCUUGUCCUGUCUGGCAUUGCACAUGCUUGUUACAUCACAUUAGACAAACUCCACAGGUCAUGAGUGUUGGCAUUCUCUGAACCCACCAGUGUUUGUCUGGAAAAGUUCACUGGUUUGUUUGUGGACUAAUAGUGAGUGAAAUGUCAUUAGACUUUAUUUGUGAUUGACUCUUACAGUGACUAAAUGUAUCAUCAAAAAACACAGAUAAUUUGUUAUGUUGUGCUCAAUGUAUUUCUAUUUUGUCCAUAUUUUUAUCACUUCUGAGCUUUUUUUUACAAUUUUGUUGAUUGUACAUGCAUAUCUGUAGGCAUUAAAGGCAAAUUUUCUCAA